AUGGCGUCCACCAUCCCGUCUAUUGCCUGUCUGGGCGUGAUCGGACGAAACAAUAACCCCCUCCAUAUUUCCGUCUUUCCCUCCUACGACGCGGCCACCAACAGCCUCGUGCCCGUCCGCACGCCCCUCCAGUUCUCGCUCAUCAUCUGCGGGACGCUCGACAUCUUUGCCGUGCGCUCCGCUGCCGCCGUCACUGCCAAGACCACCGGCUCCAGCAGCGCCGGCCUCAGCGGCGCCAGCGACGCCAACGGGCUGCUGCUGCUGCACGCCCUCGACGACCGCCUGGCCGCCUACGGCUACGAGACAAAUACCGGGAUCAAGCUCGUGGCUGUCGUCGAUAUGCGCGGUCGUCGCGCUUCCGUCCUGGGCGGCAACCUCGUCGCCGCCACCCCGAGCUCUGGAACGGGCGCAAGCUCGGGCUCAGCUUCUGCCGGCAAUCGCAACUCUAUGUCGCUGGGAGGCAGCGUGACCGGACUGCGGGAAACAGACCUGAAGCCCGUCUUCAAGGCCAUGCAGGCCGCCUUUGUACGGCUGCUCCAGAACCCCUUCUUCGAUCCCGACGAACACUCGCCACCCUCAGGUCAUGGAGGGAAGAAGAUCACCAGCCGUCGCUUCGACGGAGACAUGCAGCGCAUCGGCGAGGCCUGGAUGCCAGGCGUCAGCAUCGCAUAA